AUGCCGCCGGCCGAGAGUUUCGCCGUCGAGGUCCUCUCGCGGUCGCUCGUCCAGGCCUCCGACCCGCCGCGGGGAUUCCCGGCGGUGCUCCCGGUCUCCAACCUGGACCUCGUCCUCGGCUCCUUCCACGUCUUCUUCAUCGCCGUCUACCCGGCGCCCGCCGCGGGCUUCCCGGCCGUGGCCGCGGCCGCGCGCGCCGCGCUCCCGGCCUUCCUCUCCCGCUUCUACCCCUUCGCCGGCCGCGUCGUGCCCAGCGCCUCCACCGGCGUGCCGGACGUCGUCUGCGGCAACGAAGGGGCCGAGCUCGUGGUCGCGUACGCCGACGCGGCGCUCGCGGACGUGGACUUCGCCGACGCCGGCGCCUCGCUGGGGCGCAUCCAGCUGCCGUUCGAGCGGGGGCUCGCGCUGUCGCUGCAGCUCGUCCGGUUCGCGUGCGGUGGGUUCUCGCUCGCCUGGGGCACCGACCACCUGCUCGUCGACGGCCACGGGCUCACCACGCUGCCCAACGCCUGGGCCGAGAUGCUCGUCGCGGGCGGCCUCUCGUGGGAGCCCCACCACGACCGCGCCUCCCUCUUCCGGCCCCGCUCGCCGCCGCGGUACGGCCCGUCGCUGGACGCCGAGUUCGUGCGCUACGACCCGGCCAGCCUCCCCAACGCCCUCCUAGCCGCCGCCCUCGUGCGCCGCAACUACGUCGUGGAUGCCGCAGACGUCGACCGCCUCCGCGCGGCGGCAAGCGGCCCCGUCCGCCGCGCCACGCGGCUUGAGGCCCUCUCCGCGCACGUAUGGAAGCUGCUCGCCGCGGCCGUGGGCGGCUCCGACACGCACUGCCGCAUGGCGUGGCUCGUCGACGGCCGCCGGGGCCUCGACCCCGCCAAAUACAACAAGACCCACGUCAACAACUACCUUGGCAACGUCGUCACCUACGCGUCCCGGGAGGCGGUCGUGGAGACGGUGCGCUCCUCCCCGCUCGCCGACGUGGCGACGAUGGCCGCCGCGGCCAUCGCGGAGGUGUUCCGGCAGGAGCGGUACGAGGAGCUGGUGGACUGGAUGGAAGCGCACAAGGGGGUGUUCGCGGAGGGCGGCAAGUGGACGGAGGCGGUGGGGCUGGGCACGGGCAGCCCGGCGCUGGUGGUGUCGGCGUUCGUGCCGUUCAGGGUGGAGGGCGACUUUGGGUUCGGCCCGCCGCGGCUGGUGAUGCCGUGGGUGCGGCCGGGGAGGCUCGGGUCGGCGGCCAUGACAGUGAUCCGGAGCCCCGCGGGAGACGGGUCGUGGCUGGUCACCGCCAGGAUGUGGCCGCGGCUCGCCGACGCCGUGGACGCCGACCCGGAGGCCGUGUUCAAACCGGCCACCGCCGAGCGGCUCAGUUUCGUCACGCGCCGCCGCGGCGAGCUGGCGGCCACCGAGACGGCGCAGCACGCCGUGAGCCGCAUGUGA